ACCCUUUCCUCCCCUCAACACCACAAAACCACCAUCGCCAUGCCUCGCCAACGUUCUUCCGCUCGCGCUCCUUCGCGCCCCACCGUCUCUGCUCCCGCGCCUCAGCAGCGCCGCCCUGCGACCACCAUGGCUGCUCCUCCUCAGCAACACGCUCCCACGGCCAUGGCUCCUCCUCAGCAGGCUUCCCAGGGCCCCGGACUGUUUGGCCAGAUGGCCAGCACUGCUGCCGGUGUCGCCAUUGGCUCAUCCGUCGGCCACGCCAUCGGCGGCCUCUUCAGCGGCGGCUCCUCCGAACCUGCUGCUCCCGUCCAGGCCCAGGCCGCUCCCCAGGAGCAGCAGCAGUACAACAACUGCGCCGGCGCCGCCCAGAACUUCACAAAGUGCCUCGACGAGAACGGCGGCAACAUGCAGAUCUGCAGCUGGUAUCUCGAGCAGCUCAAGGCCUGCCAGGCUGCUGCCAGCCAGUACUAGAGGAAGGAGAGGGAGGGCAUGGCCUGAAGGAUUUCAUGCGAAGACGCGAAUGAGAAGAAGAAUCAUGUAAGACUAUAUAUCGAGACGAGCACGCUUGUAUAUACGAAAACGCACAUGUGCCCAUACCGGGAAUGGGGCAUUACGUACAGACAUAAAGCAGACUAUUAGCUACGAUGACGUCGGCAUUGGAUGCUUAAUACUAUCACGGCAGCAUAGGAAAGCACUUUUACGGAUGCGAGGAGAGGCGCAUACAGAGGAUUUGCUUUAUUACAAGAAAUCAAAUAAGAAAGGAAGAAGGAAAAAAACCCUAUAGAAACGCCCGGCUCUUGAAGCUUAUAGUUGUAUAAUACAAUCACAAUAAGAACAAUCCCAUUAUGAAGAAAGAAAUCAGUAACAAAGACGCCAAUUAAGCCAAAAAAGACGAUCCCCAGAUGCAAGAAUAUGCCAUGCAGCUCAUACACGCGUAGCUUUAUCGUACACUCGUUUCUCCUGCAUCUUUCAUGAUUCGUCUUCGUCUGGCCGCGGCUCAA